AUGAAAGUACCUGAGAUUCUCGUUCUCGUCUCGAUGGCUCUUGGCGCUACGGCCCGCUGCAAAAAGGCCAUCGCCAGCUUGUGCGAAUCAAAUUCCUCAGCGGUCGCGCAAGGCUUUACGUCUAGCUUCACCUGUCAAUCGUCCGAAGAGCUUCCUUGUCAGACAGAGUGCAUCACCACUGGCACCAAGGGAAUCGAGGUGGCGAAGUGCUGCAAAAGCGCAUGUAUGAUGACCCUUCACACAUUGAAGCAACAUUGUUACUGA